AUGAAAAACGUACAUGUCAGAAACUGCUAUAGUGAGUAUGAAAACUUCCAAAGUCAGUUUCUUCAAUCCAAAACACACGUGAAACGUGCCACUCAACUCUGGCUUAUUUCAGCCAAAAAUCCCAGCACCAGUGGUGACGCUGGUCGGUUCAACAUGGAAUACAUUAAAGAAGAGCAGGUUGAGAACAACGCUGGGAAAAUAUUAUGUUGUCAGUGUGGAGUUGUAAUAGAGCCAAACCCAGCAAAUAUGUGUGUGGCAUGCCUUCGUACUGUUGUGGAUAUCACAGAGGGCAUUCCUAAACAAGGCACUCUCCAUUUCUGCAAAGGAUGUGAACGGUACCUGCAGCCUCCGAAUGAUUAUGUUCAUGCUGCACUGGAGUCACGUGAAUUACUUUCUCUUUGUCUGAAAAAACUCAAGGGUCUGAGUCGGGUAAAGCUGAUCGAUGCCGGAUUUGUUUGGACUGAACCUCACUCCAAAAGGAUCAAGGUGAAAUUGACUGUUCAUGGUGAAGUUAUGGGAGGAACUGUUCUUCAACAAGUUUUUAUUGUUGAAUUCACUGUUGCUCAUCAGAUGUGUGAUGACUGUCACCGUAAAGAGGCACAGGACUACUGGCAUGCUAUGGUUCAAGUAAGACAAAAAGCUGAGAACAAGAAAACUUUCCAUUAUUUGGAACAGCUGAUCCUUAAGCACAAGGCUCAUGAGAAUACUCUUGGCAUCAAACCAAUUGCAGAGGGCUUGGACUUCUAUUACCAUACUCAAUCACAUGCUCGUAAAAUGGUAGAUUUUCUUACUACUGUUUUGCCAAUUCGUUAUGAACACUCAAAAAAGUUGAUAUCUCAUGACAUUCACAGCAAUACUUACAACUACAAAUUCAGUUACAGCGUUGAGAUAGUUCCCCUCUCCAAAGACAGUUUGGUUUGUCUUCCCAAAAACUUAACUCAUCAGCUAGGUAGUGUAAGCCCUCUUGUCUUAGUUCAUCGUGUCACUAACACUCUUCACUUUAUCGACCCAGCUACUGCUCAAAUGGCAGAAAUGAAUUCAAAUUUAUUUUGGCGUUAUCCUUUCAAAACAAUUUGCAAUCCUAAGCAGCUGAGUGAGUACAUUGUGAUGGAACUGGAAAUAAUUUUGGCCAAGGACAGGAAAACAUUCCCAGGGCAAGGACCAAUUUCCACCAAGCAUGUUUUGGCUGAUGCCUGGCUUGUCAAAGCUUCUGAGCUUGGAAUUAAUGAAGAUUUAAUACAUACACGAACUCACCUUGGUCACCUGCUUAAGCCAGGAGAUUCAGUAAUGGCUUAUUGCCUUGCUGAUAGCAAUGUGAAUGAUUCAAAUUUUGAUAAAUUGGACCGAGACAAAAUUCCGGAUGUAAUCAUUGUGAAGAAGCACUAUGGAGAUCGUUCUGGAAAGAGGAGGCGCUGGAAGCUGAAGCAUUUGACCGACGAGGGCAUGCUUGUAGAGAACAACAAGGAUUACAAUGAGUUUUUGGAUGAUCUUGAAGAAGAUGCAGAACUACGUCAAAAUGUGAACAUUUUCAAGGAUCCCAACAAUAUCAACAUCCCAGUGGAUGCUGAUGAAGUGGAUCCCAAUGCUCCCCACAUUACCUUAGAAGAAAUGUUAGAUGAUCUGCAAAUUGAAGAUGAUCCAAUGGAGGGUGAUGAGGGAAAUGAGGGUGAACAAGGGGAUGGGAUGGCUUCUUAAAUUGGUUACUUGUUCAAAUUUUUUGAGGUGAAUUGUACAGUUGUUAAUUAAAAUAAAUUCCAUGAACUAAGUUAAAAUUAAA